AUGAUUCACACACCUUCUUAUCGUGAAUUACAAAGAAUCUUCGAAUCAGAAGCUCAAGCAAUCGAAUACUUACAAGAAAAAGAAGUACUAUCUAAACAAAUGAAAUGCCCAAAGUGCAACCAAAGCAUGACUCUUAAUAAUACUGUAUUCGACUGUGUGAAACGCGCGUGUAGAAAAAGAAUGUCAAUAUUUACAAACACAAUAUUCUAUGGCGCGAAUACGCCAUAUAAUCGCGUAUUGGAAAUAGGCUAUUUAUGGAUAAUCGAGAUGAAACAUAAAUCAAUCAAAACAUUCACAGGAAUGUCACCAACAACAAUUACACGAUGGCUAAAGAUUUUUAAGGAAUUAGUCAGCUUUAAUCUUGAAGAAGAACACCAACAAAUAGGUGGACAAGAUAUCAUUGUAGAAAUAGACGAAUCAAAGUUUGGAACACGCGUAGAACGAACGCCCCAACAAAAGAUGUUUGCAAUGAUUGUAGAAGAUAGGUCAGCAGAUACACUGCUGAAACAAAUAGAAAAACACAUACAUCCCGAAUCGGUAAUUUAUUCGGACAUGUGGAAAGGUUACCAAAAUAUUUACUCAUGGCUAGGAAUACAACACCACGCCAUAAAUCACAGCCAAGGCUUUACAAUGAAAGAUACAAAUCCUGUGACAGGAGAAAUUCAAGUGUACCAUACAAACACUAUUGAAGCACACUGGCAAGUGAUCAAGUCAAAGAUUCCACCAAGAGAAUGCCGUUACCUUUUUACGGAAUUAUUAGUAUUUAUUUGGAAAAGACAAAACCCUCAUGACCAAUUCGAAGCAUUGAUAAGAUGUUUACGAAGGACAGCCAAAAUCAGUGACCUAACAAAUAACACUGAUAUCAUUGAAGAAAUGAAAACAAGUGACAAUGAUCAAACAAGAAGUCAUUGA